UUCUCCACACUAUUUAUAUGUCCGAUUUGAUUACAUCGAUUGAUUCGAUUAUGUGAAAAAAUGUCUUUGAUGAUAUCAACAUCAUCAUUGCAACAGCAACGACAACAUUCAACAUCAUCAAUAUCGACUGUUGUUGAAACAAAAUCAAAAUUGAAUCUUUCUAAUAGCAUUCAUCAUAAUAAUAAUAGUCAACUUUCGAAAAAUCGAUCCCAAAUUGAAACAAUUCCAGAUGAUGAUGAUGAUGAUGAUGUUAUUUUUGUUGAACGUAAAUGUAAUACGAAGAAAAAUAUUCCAUUGAUUAUAUUGGUUGAUGAUGAUACUGAUGAUAUUAAUGAUAAAACAAACAAAACGAUAAAACGACAAAAAAUUGAUCUUUACCAUAAUAAUAAUAAUAAUAAUAAUAAUGCUGAUUUGAUUAAGAAUAAUCCAAAAAUCAUCUCAUCAAAUGAUGGCCAACGAAAACAACAUCCAAUUAAAAGAACUAUGCACAUAAACAUUGAUGGUGAAGAUGAUGUUGGUGCCGAUGGCUGCGGUUAUAUUGGAUCUACAUCCGUUUGUUCAUCAGCCAAAAUGAUGUCAAUGUCCACCGGUCAUAUUAGUUCUUUAUCAUCAUCUUCCUCAUCAUCCUCCUCCUUCUCAUCAUCAUCAUCAUCAACGAUUUCUUUGCCAUUAUCGAAAUCAUUACUACUACCUUCGAUUAUAAAUAAUAAUAAUCUUGUAACAACACUGCCAAACAAUACGACAACAUUAAUGACAACAAAAUUUCAUAAAAUACAAGACCAUGUGAUUAAUACAAAUAAUAAUAUUAAAUCUUUGAAUUCAUGUAUCAAGAAGCCAUUUCAAAAUCAAGAGGAUUUCCGUUUAACAUCGACAAAAAUUAUACCUCACAUAACAGCAACGACAAAUACAUUUGAUCAUUCUUAUCAUUCGGUUGUUGAUCAUCAUAAUAAUAUUAAUAAUGAGGAACAUAAUCAACUUCGUACUGCCAGAUCGCCAUCAAAUUCUGAAACUUCAUCCGGUGUUUCGAGUUGUUGCGAAAGUUCUGAUCAUGAUCAAUGUUGUGACAUGACUGAAACUGUAACCGGAUUAUUACGAUGUGAUGAAGAUGUUAGCUCACCUGAUUCUCCAGAUUCUGGUGUAAGUGGAUCACUUGUUCAUAGUCCUGAUGGUAAAAGUCUAUAUGAAGAAUCGGAUGAUUAUUUUCAAUCGAUAUUUCCAACACCGGCAAAAUCUCCUGUGGAAAAUCAUAAUAUCAUAACGGAGAUAGCGACAAACAACGUCAUCAUUCCGCAUUAUGUUAGCGGUGAUAAAUGUGAUUCAUUGUUAGAUUUGAUUCAGUUGAAAAAUAAUCGCCAACAAAUGACAGCAAAAAUUACUACCAAUGAUAAGGAACCAAUGUGGAGAUCAAUUGAAACAAAUCAUCAAGAAUCAGACAAUGAAUUUAAACAUAUCGAAUCAACAACAGAUAAGGAACAGCAAAAUAUUUUGGAUGAUAUCGAAACUAUAGAUACUACUGUUGAAGAUGAAUUAAACCGAACUAUUGUCCAAGAAGACGACAAUGAUAUUGACGAUGAAAUUCUUCAAUUCAGUAAAGAAAUUGAAGCUGUUGUUCCAAAUAUUAGAUUUGAUGGAUUAGAUUUAGCGUUGCAAGCUAUGUAUUGUGAUCCAAAAUCUGAGAAAACGACUGAUAAUGACCAAGGAUCCACAUAUGGUGAAAGUGGUUAUGAUGAACAUGACGAACAGACAGGAUUAACGUCGAAUGGCUUUGAAUUUGGUUUUGAUUUCCCUAUGGAUCAAUCGACAUCAAAUUCCAAUCAUUGCAUGACUAAAUCAGAUUCGUUUGCUGAUUCGUUCGAAAUGUCAAUACGUACACAAGGUAAAGCAACGACCGAUAUGCAAACAAUGAUCAAACAGAUAAAAAUGAAAGCUCAAAGUAUUCAUAAGAAUAAUAAUGGUGGUAUAGCUAAAAAACAGCAAACGUUUUGCUGUCAAUGGCAUGAUUGUGAUUGGCCAGGUAACUAUGAAGAUCUGGCUGAACAUCUUCGCGAAAUACACGUUGAAUUGCAGCCAUUUUUGGAUUCAAAUGGAAAAGUCAUCAAAUGGAAUAAACGUCCCAAAUCAUCUUCAUCAUCAUCAUCAACAUCAGCCAAAUCGAGUAAACAUAAUCAUAAUGAUGAAUCUGGUGCCAAUUCAAUUAUGGAUGAUUUUGAUGGAUCAUCUUCACAGACUACUAUGGAUGAUGAAACAAAUUUAGAUUCUGAUGAAGAAGAUUGUUCUAAUAGUUCAACGGAAGAUGAUAAUCAAUCAUCGAAAAUCUCAUCAAUGGCAACUCGACGACGAUCUCGGCGUUUUCAAAGUGAUUCUGGUUGUUCAUCCAUGAUGUCAGCAGAUAAUUAUCAGUUUUCAUCACGACGUUCAUCGAAGAAAAAUUCGAUGAAUGAUGAUAGUUCAAACAAUGAAAAACUUGAAAAAUUUGUCUGUUUAUGGCGUGGCUGUAAGGUUUUUGGUAAACCAUCACUAUCCCGCAAUUGGAUCGAACGACACGUACUCGAACAACAUUCUGGUCCGAAACCGUUUAAAUGCAUUGUUGAUGGAUGCGGACAACGAUUUCGAACACAGAAUCAAUUGGAAAAGCAUGUUAACAUGCAUUUUAAAUCAAAUCCAUCACAACAACAACAAUCACUUCCGCCAGAUCUCAAGCAAAUUUCCAUGAUGAAAAAUAUUCCAAGAUCACCAUCAUCAUCAUCAUUUCUAUUGAAUUCAUCCUUUUCAUCAUCAUCGAUAAUAGAAUCGAAUCGACCGACAACCGAUAACUGUUGUAAAUGUCAAUGUCAUUCGUUUUUAUUGUCGAGCCAUUGUGAUAAUUCCAGCAUGUCUUCAUUGUCGAAUCAAGCCGAUUCGCAAUAUCAUCAAACAUCAAAACGAACCGACAAAACCAAUCGAAGUCCAAGUGUUGAUUCGAUUGUUAGCCUUCAUUCUUCGUGUUCAUCAUCUUCAGAUGUUGCCCAAAUGUCUUCAUUACCAUUAUCAUCAUCAUUUACCCAACAACAAUGUCUUUCAAAUACAAUUAAUUCUACACAAUUUAACAAUUUUGAAUUUCACUGCCAUACUGCAUGUUGUUGCCUGUCCAAACAGCAACAAGAGCAAUCCUCGUCUACUACUUCCAAAAUAUCGUCAAUGACAUUAUCCAAGUCGGGUAAGAAUAAAAAACCAGUGUGUUCAGCAACAAAAGUGAAAAGUGUUGCCAAUACCGAUUAUCUGGACGAUGAAUUUGCGCUGAAAUUAUCAUAUGAAUUACGAACACGUGAAGCCUUAAUGGCUGGCCUAAAAAGUUAUCCACCAUAUAAUCGUUAUAUUAAAUUGACCGACGGUUCCGUUGAAAGAAUACCAAAAAACCAAUCUUUAUCUUCAUUUUUAAAACAGAUAAAGUCGGAUAAAAAAAUCAACACGGCUGCCUCUAAUAAUAAAUCAUUUAAUAAUAGCAAUGUUGUUGGCGAUAGGCAACAGCCUAAUGUACAAGGAGCUUCAACAUCAAAAUCAUCAUCAUCAUUAUCUCAAACGUUUGAGAUUUAUAAUGUAUUCAAAAAAGAACUAUUCGAUUUAAAUCGCCGAAAAGAGAAUGUGCCUUUCGAAAGUGAAGUGAUUGCUUGUAAAACAAAAUCGAAUGGUGAAUAUUUUUACACACUAAAAUGGCCCACAAGACACACACGAGACAUUAUGAAUGUGGAAAAUAUUCAUGAAACAAAACUAUCGAUGUCGAGAAAAUCGUCGGUAUCGACAGCAGCAGCGGCAGCAGCAAUAAACUCUGGUCGUAAUCCAUAUGCCAUUUUUAAACCAAUUCAUCAUGAAAAACAAUCAAAUGAAAAAGUUGUAAGCCGACAUAAACAAGCACAACUUUCGAUUUCUAGGUUUAGUUUGGAAUCAAUUAAUGAUCAGCUUGAAUUAUUUUCAUUGGAUAAUUCGAUUAAUAUCAAUAACUUUGAAGAUGAUGAUGAUAAUGAAUCCGACGAUUCUGAAAUAGCUAUUGUUUAUGAGAAUGAUAUCAUCAUGGAUUCGAGUGACAAUGAUGAUUCAUCAAAUAAUGAUAAUAAUAAUUUGAAAUUAGCAACAUCAAUCAAACGUAAAUUUAGUUCAAAUGAAGAUUCUAAACAAAGUCAAGAUUUAAAAAGUGAGCUCAAACGGCCACGAUUAUCAUCAUCAUCAUCUUGACCUUAAUUCAAUUAUUUUUUUUUGCAGAUUUUUUUUUGUAAAAUGUCUCAAAAUUUGUAC